UGUCACCAAAUGUGUUGCGUUUGCGGCGGAAGGCGGAACGUACUCUCUGUGGCUCGCAAAAACGUCGUGAAUCGGGGGAGUCACAGAAAAAGUGCAAAAAUUUAUUGAAAAUAAUAUUACAUUUAAUAAAACAAUAAAAAAUAAUUAAAAAUUGGAAGUUAACGUUUUAAAAUAUUUACAACUUCUUUAUCAAUCGAACCGUUGCGACACAUGUUCUGGAAAAGUGUUAAACUAAGAUUACCCAAGCGAAACUUUUGCUGAAUCAUUACUUACAAUUUUUUGUGGCCAACAAACAUCUGAAGGAUAAUAUCUUCAUAAUAAAUACAUAAAAUAUUUGUUUAAUAAAAGUGACAUAAUUUGUGAAACUUUCAAGUGAACUUUGAUAAUUUAUAACUCAGGAUUAAACCAUUGAAGAGUUACAAAAGAAGGAUAAUAGGAAGUAACAAUCUCAGCAACAAUCUCAGUGACAGUGACUCUCAAAACCCAAGAAAAGUGCAUUGAAAAUGACCAAGUACAAUAGUGGCAAUGAUGAAAUGCCCGCGGGCCACAAUAUCAAGCAGGAGUACAACAACGGCUAUGGCCUGCAAUCUCAUCCUGGAUACGGUGGUUAUGGGAACUACCAACAUCACCACCAGCAGCAGCAGCAUCAUCAACAGCAGCAGUCGCAUCCCGGCCAGAAUCCCCACCAGACUCUGCAGAAUUUUUUUAGCCGCUUCAAUGCCGUCGGCGAAGGCGGCGUUGGAAGCAAUAUAUCCUCCGGCUCCAUUCCGGUUACUGGAUCGGCUUCGUCCUGCAGCUUUGGCAAUGGCAAUCAUCCGGCAGAGGCGGAUAACCAGCUGGGCAUGAACAUGACGCCCUCGCCCAUCUACACCACGGAUUAUGAUGACGAGAACAGCAGUCUUAGCUCCGAAGAGCAUGUCCUGGCACCGCUCGUCUGCUCCUCGGCCCAAUCCUCGCGACCCUGUCUCACCUGGGCCUGCAAGGCGUGCAAAAAGAAGAGUGUCACCGUGGAUAGACGAAAGGCGGCCACUAUGCGGGAACGCCGGAGAUUGAGAAAGGUUAACGAGGCCUUUGAGAUCCUCAAGCGACGCACAUCGUCCAAUCCCAACCAGCGGCUGCCCAAGGUCGAGAUCUUGCGCAAUGCCAUCGAGUACAUCGAGAGCCUUGAGGAUCUCCUGCAGGAAUCCACACCUAACCGCGAUGGCGACAGCCUGGCGCCCAGUUUGAGCGGCAAGGGAUGCCAGUCCGAUUAUCUGAGCUCGUAUGCCGGCGCUUAUCUGGAAGAUAAACUCAGUUUCUACAACAAGCAUAUGGAGAAGUACGGUCAGUUCACAGACUUCGAGGGCAAUCCCAAUGGCUCGAGUUUGGACUGUCUGAACCUUAUUGUUCAGAGCAUUAACAAGAGCACAACGAGUCCUAUUCAAAGCAAGGCCACGCCCAGUCCUGCAGAUUCCAAGACCCCACCCUCGACGGUUGCCACAGGAGCAGCCACAUCUCUGCAUUCAAACUUCAAGCGGAAAUGCAGCACUUAGCAUUACGUUUCCCUCCCCCAU